GAAGUGGAGUCCUUCCGCCGGGACCCCCGACCUGGCGCGGUCGCCUCCAAGUGCGCAGAUGCGACUCCAGACGGAGCCUCAGGCUCGAGCCUUUUGUUCCCCCACAGCUCCGUGUGUCCGGAAAGCGACUCCGUCCUCCCCUCCGUCUUUCCCAGAGCGCAGCCCGGCGGGGACCCGCCCUGUGGCCGGAGCCGAGUGGGCAGCGCGUCCAGGGUCCUUCCAGCCAUUACUACCGAGGAUGCUUCUCUGCCCCAAAAACAGAACAUGGAAGAAAUGGAACCUACUGUUGAGCUCCUUCCUGUUGAGUUCCAGGAAUUGGUGACAGUCAAGGAUGAGGAAAUGGACUUCAGUCAUGUGGAGGAAGAAGAGCUGAAUUCUGCCCAAAGGUACAUGGGCAUUGAUAUGAAAGUGGAGAAUUGUGGGAGCCUGGUAUUUUGGGAUUCCGAAUCUAUACCUGAAACUAAAGAAUCUUUUUCAAAGCAAGAACUUUAUGAAGAAGUGUCCUCCGAAAGAGAGCUGAUAAUAGAAAGACUUAAAAAGGUUGAGGCCUGGGACUCCAGAUUGAUAGAAGCCUGGCAAUGUGAAGGCACAUUAGAAAGGCAGCAAGGAAACCGGAAGAAAGAUUUAAGGCAAGCCAUAAUUAAACACAACAAAACCACUGUGGAGGAUUGUAAUGAAAUUGGGGAAAGUUCAAACCCAAUCAAACAUCAAAAUAUUUACUCAGUGAAAAAGCCUUGGAAGUGCAAUGAAUGUGGGAAGUUCUUCAGUUACUACUCAGCCUUUAUCCUACAUCAGAGAAUUCAUACUGGAGAGAAGCCUUAUGCAUGUGCUGAGUGUGGAAAGGCCUUCAGUCGGAGCUCAUCACUUAUUCAGCAUCAGAGAAUUCACACGGGAGAAAAACCUUACGAGUGUAACAAAUGUGGGAAAGCCUUCAGUCAUCGGUCAGCCCUCAUUCAGCAUCAUAUCAUUCACACUGGAGAAAAGCCCUAUGAGUGCAAUGAAUGUGGGAAAGCCUUCAACCAAAGCACAUACCUUAUUCAACACCACAGAAUCCAUACUGGAGAGAAACCCUAUAAAUGCAAGGAAUGUGGGAAAGCUUUCAAUGAUACCUCAUCCCUAAUUAAACAUCAAAGAGUUCAUACUGGAGAAAAACCUUAUGGAUGUAAAGAAUGUGGGAAAGCCUUUAGUGACAGGUCGGGCCUCACUCAACAUCAGAGAACUCAUACAGGGGAAAAGCCAUAUGAAUGCAGUGAAUGUGGGAAAGCUUUCAGCUACUGUUCAGCUCUUAUUCAACAUCAAGGAACCCAUACUGGGGAGAAACCUUACAAAUGUAACGAAUGUGGGAAAGCCUUCAGUGAUCGCUCAGCUCUCAUAAGACACCAAAGAAUUCAUACUGGGGAGAAACCUUACAAAUGUAAAGAAUGUGAGAAAGCCUUCAGCCAGAGCUCAUCUCUUACAAAGCAUCUGAGAACUCAUACUGGAGAGAAACCAUAUAAAUGCAGUGGUUGUGACAAAGCCUUCAGUCAGAGUUCAUCUCUUAUUCAACAUCAGAAAACCCAUACAGGAGAAAAACACUACAGAUGUAAGAAAUGUGAGAAAACCUUCAGUGUGCGUUCAGCCUUUUACCAACAUAAAGAAAUUCAUGAUGAAUAGAAUGCAGUAAAUUCAUGAAAUAGUUAUGUAUUCUUGGGGCACCCAGCUGGCUCAAUAAGGCUGGCUCAAUGCAAUUUUUGAUAUUGGGAUCAUGAGUUCGAGUCCCAUGUUGGGCAGAGUUUACUUAAAAAAAGAAAAAAGAGGGGCACCUGGGUGGCUCAGUCGGUUAAGCAUCCGACUUCAGCUCAGGUCAUGAUCUUGCACUCCAUGAGAUUAAGCCCUACAUCAGCUCAGAGCCUAGAGCUUGCUUCAGAUUCUGUGUCUCCCUCUCUCUCUGCCCCUUUCCCGCUGGCAGUCUUUCUCUCUUAAAAGUAAACAUUGAAAAAAGAAAAAGAAUUAUGUAUUCUCUACUGAUCAUGUAGACCUGUGUUCUAAGUAUUACAGGGUACUGCAAAAAUGUAUGAGGCUGCAUCAUGCAAAAAAUAGCUCUCUUCCUUGAAAUGGUAUUAGGUAUGGAAAGAGGACAAGAGGUAUAGUAACAGAACCCAAGAAGCUGAAGAGUGGAGAAUUCCUAGGGGAGCACAGAAGGAGAAAGUCUGGUUAAGUCAGAGAAAAGAGAGUCAGGAGCUAAGCAUCUAAUGUCAGUAGAAAAACUACCCCAAGCAGCAGACUUAACAGUACUUGAGGCUGAUGGCUCUCUAAAUAGUAGUUUCAACCUGAAGCCAAGUGUGGAAGAUCAGGAUCCCAAAGAGAAAAAUCACCAGGAUGUUUCUCUAGGAAAAUAAAGAGGAAGAAAAAUAUCUAAGCCUAGGAAAUCUUCCUUUUCUCUGUCCCUGCACUCCACUUGUUCACUUGAACAUUUGCAAACAUUUAAACCAUUGCUUAUUAAUCCUGGGUGUACACUGAAAUCAUCUGAAAAAUACCUGGGUCCCAGUCCUAGAGAUUCUGAUUAAAUUUGGCCUGGGGUGUAGCCUGGGCAUCAGGAAUUUAAAAACUCCUCAGGUAGUUCCACCAAGAUUAAGAACCACUGAUUUAGGCUCUUAGUGCACAAGGAUCAAGUCAAUAAGGAAGGAUAAUAACAACCCACGUUCAUUCUCGGGAGCUCUCUGUGUCCUUGUUUCUGCCUUUUUUUUUCUCUUGCCAAUUAUAUAAUGUCAUCCUUUCUUUUACCUGACGUUGGAUCCUUUUGUUUGGUCCUUUUUUGUUUUCUCUGACUUUGUGUAAAUUGAGCUGCCUGAUCCUAACUUCUGCUCUGGCCCCUUACCCUUGCUAAAUGUGCUCUUUUAAGCCCGCUUACAGCUUUCUCAACCUCUUCUGCCCACAAGGAUCAUAUAUUGUGCUUGCUACCCAUGGCCUGAUGGUGGCAAAUAUUAACCAUAAGAAACAAGAGGAGACCCUAAAGACCAAAAUCAGGAGUGGAGACAGGGUGACUAGAAGGGAACUUCAAAGGGUUAAACUUUUGACUCCAACUGUAUAGUUUGUAUCUUAGAAUUUCCUGAAAUUAUAAUAAAAUUUAGUUGUGUGCAUGAAUUAAUACUGAACUUCAAGGAAUGUAGGUGGAAGGAAAGGUAAAUAAAAAGUGUUUCUACAUUUAGUAUGACAAACAGUAGUAAUGCUAAAGAGAUUACGAGAAAUUACAGAUGAUACUGUAAUCCCUAAAGAAUACCCAUUAAAUAAUAAUGCAAGUAGAGGAAUUAAAUCACAUAUUAAAAAAUGUUUAACCCUAGGAGUGCCUGCUGGCUUAGUCAAGGAGCAUGCGACUCUUGGGGUUGUGAGUUUGAGUCCUACAUUGGGUGUAGAGAUUACCUAAAUAAAUAAAACUUAAAAUGUUUAACCCAGAAGAAGGCAGGAAAGGAGGAAGAGAGACACAGAUAGAACAAAUUGUAAACAGGCAGCAAACUGGGAGACCUAAGUUCAACCAUAUCAGCAAUUGCAUUAAACCUAAAAGAAACACUCCAAAUAAAACUGACAGGUUGUCAGACUGAAUAAAGAAUGACCCAACUAUAUCUAAAAGAGGAACACUUUAAAUACAGAAACACAGGUGAACAUUCAAGAGAUAAAGAUACACAAUGAAAACACUAAUCAUAAGAAAGCUGGAUAUGUUAAUAUCAGAUAUAAUAGAAUUCAAGAAGGUAUCAUCAUAAACAGAGGACAUUUUAUAAUGAUAAAAUGGUCAAUUCAUCAAGGUUGGUAAAUCUUAUAAUGUGUAACUAUGUUACAGAUGUGAUGUGUUAAUAUUAUAAAUAAGAUCAUUUUAAGUUUACUAAUAUAUUAUGUGCCUAAUAUCAGGGCUUCCAAAAUCACAAGGUAAAAACUGACAGAACUAAAUUUUAAAAAAGAACAAUCCACAAUUUUAUAAUUGGAAAUUAUAACACUCCAUUCUCAGCAGUUGAUAGAAUAUCUAGACAACAAAUAUUAAAUAUUUAGAAGAGCUGAACAAUAUGUCUAUAUUGUCUACCAUCUUGAAUUGAGUGGCAUAUAUACUUUAUAGAACACACAAGGAACACGCAGCAACUUCAGAGUGCACAUUCCCUUCAAG